UAAACGAUCUAUUAUUUCCAAGAAGAUAGGGAGUGUUAUUCGACUUCACCGAAAGCUGAAUUGGGGUUAUUUUAUUUUAUGAAACAAAUUUUUCAAUAAAAAAACUAAAAUAUCAAUGAAAUUAACCGAAUAAACAUUUUAUAUAUAUAAACAAUACGAUAAUUAUUCAAUAAUGUUUGCUGAUACUCUACUAAUAGUGUUUAUAUCUGUCUGUACAGCUCUUCUCUCGGAGGGUAUCACUUACUUGUUGGUGUACAGGACGGAAACAUACAAAAAGUUAAAAGCUGAAGUGGAAAAGCAGAGUAAAAAAUUGGAAAAAACAAAAGAAUCUGUAGGAGAAUCUAGUGACAAAGGACAAAAGAAGAAAUUAGGUAAGUAAUCAAUGAACAACAAAGAAUAUAGUGUAUGCGAGGUCAGUUACUGGAUACUAUUAUUAAUGUUGAUACAAAAUUACUAAAAAAAAUUGUUUUUGUGUAGCUUUGAUGGCAGGGUGGUUGCCAAGUUACCAUUUAUACCAAUCAGCUGGAUACAAGGCCUGUCACAUCGUAAUUUGCUGGGUGAAGACUACACAGAUUGUUCCUUUAUCUUUCUCUAUAUUCUCUGCACAAUGUCAAUUAGACAGAACAUACAGAAAUUACUUGGAUUUGCACCCUCCAGGGCAGCAUCAAAACAAGCUGGAGGUUUCUUCAGUCAACAACAGCCAGGCAGUAAAUAAUUGUACAAACAUUAUGUAAAUUUACAGGCAACCAUCAUCGUGUACACAGGUCGUGGAAUUACUGAUCUGGACCUCCACAGCUUUUAGCGCAAGAGUAUACAGUUAAAUUUGCCUAAGUCAACUUUGCCUAACUCGAAUAAUUUCUAAGUCAAGCUUAUUUUACAUGCCAAAUUGUUGUGUUUUCCAUUAAACAAUCUGUCAGUCGAAUUUUAUCCAAGGCGAACUUUAUCCAAGUUUUUCAAUGGCAUUUUGGAUUCGAUUUGGACAAGUUCAACUGUACUCUUAGAAAGUGAUUAUGUUUAAAGUUUUGUAAAAAUUUCAACUGCAUAUGUAAACAAUUUGAAAAUUAAUUUAUACAGUACAUCAAUAAACUUGACCGAUUCAUA